AUGGGGCAGACAGUUCCCUCCUCCUCCCCGGCCCUGCUCGCUUCCUUCCCCCGCGCCGCGCCGCUGCGCUCCGGGGAGGAGGCAGGAAGGGAGCGGCGGGGAUGGGGCAGCUCCCCGGGGGGAUGCGUUAGGGCUCCCCGCGACCCCCCCGGCCCCCCUGGACCCCGCCGGGAGCCGGUAAAGCUGAUCCUCCCCAGCAUCUCUGCGAUGGCCUCAGGGAACGACGGAGACCCACCGGGGGCCCACGGACGCCAGGGCAGCAAUGGGCGCAGGCUGUCACAAGAGCUCAAUUCAGAAGACCAGGUGGUUCAGGAGACCGAGGAGGUGUUUCGGAGCUACGCCUUCUACCGCUACCAACAGGAGAGAGAAGAGAGCGGGGAAGAAGUGCCCUUGGACCCGGAGAUUGCGGAGAUCCAGCAAGAGCUGGGCAGCACCGGGAGCCUGGUGGGGAGGCGCCUGGCCAUCAUCGGCGAUGACAUUAACAAGCGGUACGACGCCGAGUUUCGCUACAUGCUGAAAUCCUUGCAGCCCACCAAGGAGAACGCCUACGAGUACUUCACCACAAUCGCCUCCAGCCUGUUCGAAAGCGGCAUUAACUGGGGCCGGGUGAUCGCAUUGCUGGCCUUCGGCUACUGCAUGGCCAUCCACGUCUACCAGCACGGCAUAACGGGCUUCCUCCGCCGCAUCGCCCGCUACGUGACGGAGUUCAUGCUGCGCAACCGCAUCGCCCAGUGGAUCGCCCAGCAGGGAGGAUGGGUGGCUGCACUCGAUCUGGACAAUGUUUACAUGAAGUACAUGCUGGCGGUGGUGGCCCUGGUGAUGGUGGGGCAUUUAGUGGUACGACGCUUCUUCAGGCCCUGACCGACGUGGGGGCAGAGGCUGAGGGGUCUGGCCAAGCUCUCUCUCAAACCUCUAUCCUGCAUUGACGUCUCCCAGGAGAGGGGGGGGGAUUUGAGAAACCUCCAGGGGGGGAGAGAGCGCAGCUUGGACCCAUGACCCUCCCGCUGCAGGAUGCGGGGUCUCUGCCACCCACGGCGAUGCCACCAGGAGCUACAGAGAGAGGCAGCAGGGGGGAAGGUUUGACUUUGGCUGCUUUAAGCCUCACUGUGCUGAGGACAGAGCAUCACCGUGACCCCAGUAGCCCGCAAAAGGGAGGCAGGAGAACAGGCUCCUCUGGAGGAACAAAAGCAUUGUCGCGAUAACGCCGGCGUGGGCGUACGUGUGCAUGUGUCUCAUGUCUCGUCCACUCUGUGCUGUUCCUAAGACACUCCAUGGGGUAGGCGCAGAGCUCCCCCAUUGCUGCUGGCUCUAGCCCAGACCUGCAUUCGAAGAGGGAUUCCAGCCUCGGUUGCUCCGAGCAUUGGUUAUAAGCCCCUGGAGGGGUGAGCCAGCAUUAGAAAGCCAUGUGGUGCUUGCUUUCACCUUCCCCUGCUCCUGAGCCCGAAUACUUGAGCUUUCCCUUUCCUUUUAGCAAGCAGCCCCUACCCGUUUUUAUAGGAACACGGUGACAGGAGCACAACCUGUUAUCUGACAAUCGAUGGCAGCAGCUGGCAGUGCUGGCAUGAGCAGACUUUCCCUGCCCCAGCCCAGACCCCAAACCUGCAGCAUCCCAUGGCCGAUGCUGGUCCCAGGGCCGCAGUCAUACCUCGCUGCCUGCACCCCAGCCCUCACAGGAGUUCAGACAGCACGUGCCAGCAGGCCUUGGGAAGCAGCAGGUUUCCAAACACUAAAAAGCUGUGGGGUGGUGACUCAGGGGUGUGCAGGCAGCCUGCCCUCCCUCCAGUCUGCUGGCUGCUUCCAUCCAGCACACUGGCACGUGAGCAGCCCCAGUACGACCAGUUGGUCCCCUUACUCUCAGUGGGAGGCACUGGUUGCAUCUCUUCCCUGCACGGGCUCUUUGAUGUGUCCUCUUUGAGCCAGGGCUGCCACAUCAGGGCUGCGGGGACAGUAGGGCACAGCACGCUGCCCCGGCAACCCAUGGCUUUUUCAGCAAAGGAUUUGACCUUGUUCUUGACUAAUGCUUGAACAUGAGUUUUGGGGGAGGCAGGGACGCAAGCAGGCACCGCUCAAUCUCCGAUCUUUCUGACUUUUACAAAGUAGGGAGAGCAUCCCAGUGUGGAUUGCACGGUUUAGCUCUGUCUGCUCUUUUUAAUCCAGGUGACUCUGUAAGUCUUGAAACUGUGACUGGCCCUGUCUGAGCCAUUCCAGCAUCACCGAGCUCCUAGAGCAGCUCAGCCAGCUGGGGGAGGGAGCCAGGGGGACCUCGGAGGUAGGAAAUGAGCCGUGGACCCGUGCCUGAGCUCCUCUCCUGUCACAGAGGGACCCCUGGGCUGGAGCAGCACCAGAGGUGUAAGCAGCCUGAGCCUGCUGCCCACUGGGACCACCCCACGAUGGCUGGACCUUGCCUGGCUUUGCUGCUGCAAAACAGGCUGGGGGACCACGACUGCCCUUGCUCGGGCUCAUCCCCUUGGCAGGGGGGUCACCAUGGCAGGGCAGAGCCCAGCUCACCCGCAGCCCUGCCUGGGGUCACCACGGUGGGCAAACUGGGGACAGAGAGAGCAGCCCUUCUGCCCCACCAUACCAAAGGUGUUCCUGGCAGACACCUGGCUGUCGUGUUUUUAAAAACCUUCCUCUAUCACCUCGCCAUGUCAUUAAUUCUUACCUUUGUCUUCAGGUGGAUUUUUUCCUCAAUGUCUCUCCCUUGGGACUACGUGUCCUGUCAAAGCACAGACAGAGGACACCUGGCAGCCUUCCUCCUUGCAGCUUAGCAGGACCAGCCAUAAUUUUGUAUCACUUAUGUCCCUCACGUUCCUUUUUUUUUUAAAACGAAAGAAUAGCAAACUCUUUGGCCUCUCUCCAUAUCCGUCUUUCUGUGCCCAUCAUUUUCUGCAGCAUCCCAAUCCCUGGUGGAGUGUCCUGGACUGUACUCCCUAAAAAGGCAUUAAAAUAUUUGCUAUAAUAUUCCUCUGCUAUAUAUCUGUUUGGGUUGCUUUCUUUGUAACACUUAUGUGCUGAGCAGCACAAGCCUGCAGUGGAUUGUCUGUGCCCAGGUUUUGCAGCUGUGCUGAUGCUCUGUGAGCAGCUUGACAACCGCCCCCCCCCCCCCCCCCGUAGUUUAUCUGUCCCCUCACAAGUGCACUUCUUUGCAUUUAUCCACACACAGCUUCAUUUACCAUCCUGCCACCUGUUCAACUGUCUUGAGCAGAUCUCGAGAUUUCCUGACUCUUCUCUGGCACAAACCACUCUGAACAACCUAGUGUUAUCAUCUGCAGUUUCCUCUCCCCCCAGCUUACCUUCUUUUUCUGGGUGAAAACACCACCAGAUGGAGCUUUUUUGCCACAGUGAAAAUGAACUGCUAAUUGUUAUUUUCCUUUUCUCUUAAUCAGUCACAUUAUUGAUCUGCCACGGUCCUCUAGUUGUCUGAUUUGGUUAUGUCUCCAGCAGGACUUUUUCCAGAGGGCCUUGGAAAGAAAACAGUACAUCAACUUUUAUUCACUACUUUACUGACACACUCCAAGAACUCUAACAGAUUGGAGUACUUCUGCUAGUACAGAAAUCAUGCUGCUUGUAAUUUAUUCUCAUCUUCCAGAGAAGGGGUUUCACCUUGCAAACCAAAUUCAGAUGUAAGGCCAUUUAAAUAAAGGCAAUUUUUCAGCUUUAUGGUAGAUGAUCAAGCCUUGGUAAAGUCUGUGAUACCAGGACUGAGAAGGGAACUUUUAACAUAGGUGCUGUACAAAGGGAAGUUUCCGUUUUAGCCAUUUUCUCAGGGGAUUUGCAGGGAGGAUUGUCUCAGGGUAUCAGCACGUUGUCUCACUCUGCUCUCACCUCUCCCAGCUUUCCUGGCACCAUGGCUGAGCAGAGACAGGCUCGAAGUGGGAACGUGAAUGGGUGGCUGCUCUGUAGUACUGCAUCCCGUCACUGGAUGGCCACAGCACUGCAGCCACAGCCACCUGGGUGCUGAACUCCCACGGGGGGAAAAUCCUGCUUCCAGGCCCCCCUCUUUGGCCGGGUGACCGGUGGUUUGUGCCCCCAGAGCUGCGCCACACACCAGGCCCUGGCACGCAGCAGGGGCAGGCAUGGCUGGGCCGGGGCCUGACUGCUGCUGGGGGCAGGAUGGGCUGGGGCUGCUGGACCCAAGGCAGAAUAAGGCGAGAAGGCUUUGUCCUCCCCAGCAGAUGAUGCUCUUUGCAGGGCCGGUGGGCCAUCUGAAGAGCCGCAGCAGGAAUCUACCUCAAAGCCCCACAAAGCAGAGUUCAGGGAAGGGCCUGGCCAAGGCACCGCAGGGUACCUAGGCUACAUGCAGGCAGCUUUAGCUCAGGCUGGCAGUGCCAGGAGCCCUUUUUACCAAAAAGUGCGUCCCUACUACGGAAGUAAGAGCUCUAAGGAAAAAAUAAAAAUAAAAA